CAAUACAGUGAGCUGGAUUUUUUAGAUUAACUUGAAUUUAGUGAGCUAUAGCCUAUAGAGAGUCCGGUUGACGGUCUAACUGUCUGGUUGAUAUCCGGUUUUAAUAAAUUGGUGAACUCUGAAACACAUCUCCCCUUUCCCGGAUUCUCCUCCUCGAUUGUCUCCCUCUCCAGAAAGCGGAGAUCUAAUCUAUCUGUCCUUCUUCUUUUCUUCAUGAGAUGUUAGUUAGAUAUGUGUUUGCUUUUCUUUUGCUUCUCUCUUCUAGUCUUACCAUAAUUCAUGCAAGUCCCGGUGAUGCUGAUCCGCGCUAUAGGGAUUGUAUAAGACAAUGCCAGGAAACUGGAUGCGUUGGUCCAAAAUGCUUUCCGCACUGUACUUUUUCGUCAGAUGGAGAACUUGUUGGGCGUCCAUGGUACAUGCAAGAACCCCUAUAUUUACAAUGGAAAAAGUGGGGUUGUCAAAGUGACUGCCGAUACCAUUGCAUGCUUGAUAGAGAGAAAGAAAACAAAUUACUUAACCUUGGUCCGGUCAAGUAUCAUGGUAAAUGGCCAUUCAAGCGUAUUUAUGGGAUACAGGAGCCUGCCUCGGUGGCUUUCUCUGUUCUCAAUCUUGCAAUGCAUUUUCACGGGUGGGUCUCCUUUUUCAUUCUCGUGUACUAUAAAUUGCCUCUUAAAGAUGAGAAGAAGGCAUAUUAUGAGUAUGCUAGUUUGUGGCAUAUCUACGCGUUCUUAUCACUCAACUCUUGGUUCUGGAGUGCUGUUUUCCACAGUAGAGAUGUCGAUUUAACAGAAAAACUAGACUACUCAUCUGUAGUGGUUCUCCUUGGAUACUCCCUCAUUUUAGCGAUCUUACGAUCCUUCAAUGUUAGGGAUGAGGCUACCAGAGUUAUGGUUUCUGCUCCGUUGAUUGCAUUUGUGAUCACCCAUGUUAUGUACAUCAACUUCUACAAACUAGAUUAUGGGUGGAAUAUGACAGUUUGUGUAGUGAUAGCCGUGGCACAACUUACCAUCUGGGCAGUUUGGGCAGGUGUUAGUCGCCAUCCUUCAUGUUGGAAGUUAUGGCUGGUUGUUAUUGCUGGGGGACUCGCAAUGCUCCUAGAAAUAUAUGAUUUCCCUCCAUAUGAAGGACUUUUGGAUGCACAUGCUAUUUGGCAUGCCAUCACUAUUCCUUUAACUUACAUUUGGUGGAGUUUUAUCAGGGAUGAUGCCAAGUUUAGAACAGCUAAAUUUCUUAAGAAGGACAAGUAACUUACUUAAGCUAAAUUAGCCCACCCAAAUUGGCGCCAGAGAGAAUCGAACCUCAGACCUCAAGAGGAGCACACUCCCAGGUCCCAAGCCAAUACCAAUACACCAAUCCAAGUGGGUCAAUGUAUGCAAAAUCUUAGUACUAGUAUUGAUCAUGUUCUAAUGAUCCCAUUUUGAUUUCAAUUGUGUUUACCUUGCAACUGUGUUGUUUUAAAAUUUCAUAUUGAUAAAACUUGUGUGAUAACCAAACUAAACGAGUUUAAAUUUUAAAAGCUUAGCUCGGCUAUUGGGCA